CUCCCAGAAGUCCCUGAGAGUCGUUCUCCUCGCCCUACAGGUUGCCCGCGUCCUGCCGGGGUCCGCAGUCUGCUCGCCUCCUGCCGUUGCGAUGUUGCUCUCCAUUUUGCUCCGUCGCCCGGUCCUGGGCCGCCUCGUGCGCCAGGCUCGUGCUUACGCUGAGGCCGCCGCCGCCCCGGCCCCCGCCGCUGGCCCGGGCCAGAUGUCCUUUAUCUUCGCCUCCCCUACGCAGGUGUUCUUCAAUGGUGCCAACGUCCGGCAGGUGGACGUGCCCACGCUGACCGGAGCCUUUGGCAUCCUGGCGGCCCAUGUGCCCACUCUGCAGGUCCUGCGCCCGGGGCUGGUCAUAGUCCACGCAGAAGAUGGCACCACUUCCAAGUACUUUGUGAGCAGUGGCUCUGUCACAGUGAAUGCCGACUCCUCAGUGCAGUUAUUGGCUGAAGAAGCAGUGACACUGGACAUGCUGGACCUAGGGGCAGCCAAGGCGAAUUUGGAGAAGGCCCAGGCGGAGCUGUCAGGGGCAGCAGACGAAGCCACAAGGGCAGAGAUCCUGAUUCGCAUUGAGGCCAACGAGGCCCUGGUGAAGGCUCUCGAGUAGACAGGUGGUGCAUGCUCCUUGUUACCAGGGAGACCAAGGCUUGGAGCUGAGAGGGGAUAGGCAGAACCAACUCCCAGGUGUCCCAAGCUGUCCAGCAGGAGCCAGCAAACCCCAGAUUCAUCUUGGGGAAGCCAUGUUUGUCCUCGAGUCCACUAGGGAGCAGCACCACUCAGCCUUCUGCCUGGGGCCCUCAGGGCCUGUCUUUGUGCUGGAGAAUCUGGGAGAAACAAACCCUCACCAACUUUGCCAGGUCUGGGAACUGAGGGUCUGCCACCCCCGACCCUGAUGGUUCGCACAUCAGCCCUACAGAGCCUGUCACUGGAAUCUCUGCUCCAAGCCAUCUCCACAGAUGACCUGCCCUCAGCUUUUGCCCCAAAUUAAAGACCAGGAAUCCUGA